UAUCAACUCCCUCACUCCUUCUGCGCGGGAUUUAAACUUCUCCCACUCCCCUCCCCUCCCUUCCUGAUCGCUUGUGUAUUUCCGCUGUCGAGUUGCGCCCGUCCACGGCCAUGCGACUUUCAACUUAGGCGCUAUCAUUCUUGAGGAGGCCCCCAAAUUCCGAUGCCUACAUCGGCUUGGCAUUAUUGAUGGAUCACCGCGGUUCCUUCUUCUUCCUCCUGGUCGUAUUCUAUCUUCUCCUCAGCUCCCAGUCGCAUCCCCCGUUGAUUGUUCAGGAUCGAGAGCAUCAACGGGAAGUCGCCAGGGAACGCCACGCGCUGCGCUUGCUGAACGAGUCCAACUAUGGGGACUUCAACCCGCAAGAGGACCGAUGGCUUCCCUUUCCCGGGGUGAGGAAGAACGAUAGUUACGCUUGGGAGCUGCUCGGGGAUGUGCAGGAUAGAGCUCGUUACCAGCUGCAGAAUGCCAUUUCCAACGCCGGAUUAGAGCCUCCUAAGGGGCUCCUGGACCCCAACGCUUCGCCCGCUCUCAACCUCUCCCAAUUGCUUCUUCCGGUUUAUCGCAACUGCACGGGCAAACUGCGUGGGGAAUGGGUACGUCGUAAGCAGGAUAAGCCGCAUCCUCCACUAAAUACGACUGCAAUCGCUCUGGAGAACGAAUACUUUACGCAUGAAUUUAGCCAGAAUGUCACCGGGGAAAGCGGGACCUUCUAUCUAGAUCUACGGGAGGGAGGUGGUGAAGAGCUCCGCCUUCGCUCCGGCCAUAUUCGAGAAAUCCGAGCGAGUCUAGCGGUCGAAAGUGGCGACUUCUGGGGGAAUACCUGGUAUUUGUCUUUAUUCGGGGUGCAUUUCCCGGAGACAGGAGGCAUCCUUUUGAGCACCACCAGCGAGAAGUUUGGGGGCGUGUUCUCUCUUCCGCAUUUGACGCUCUCGUCCGACUCCUACGACCUCGCCCACCAGUUACUUCUCAAGUCACUUUCCGACACCCUAUCCGAAAAGCAGAAUCGCCCGCGGACGCUCUUCCCCUGGUCGUCGCUAGUAGGUACCGAACAGGUGGAAUUCCCUGCACCGAAAUGCGAACACAUCGUGUAUUUGCAGCAGCAUCCCGUCGCAAUUAACGACUAUCUUGCCGACCGAUUGCUCAUUGAGCAGAUAGAGCAGGAACUAAGGUUCCCCAUGGGGGCCCCGAUACCGUCUCCGCCGCUCAUGACCAUGUCGGCUUUGGUGUUCUCGCCUGACUGCGGUUACAUCCUUGAGACCAAGGGGGCUCCUGACUUCCCUCCCACCGACGCGCUGUAUCUUUCGGGGCCCAAGCUGGAGGAGUUCGGCAAAUAUUCUGCCCGCAUAAUCUUCGUGAUGGCUGGUGUUUCCGUCGCGCAGAUUACGCUGCUCCUGCGCCAGGUGAAGGAGGCUUCCACGCCUUCUACUCGGAGUCGAAUCAGCUUCUACACCAUCGCCCUGAUGGCAUUUGGCGACGCCUUUGUGCUCGUCUUCAUCCUCCUGGAACUGUAUCCCGCGGUUUCAUUCUUAAUAAUGACCACGGCAUCGUUCCUCACUUUCCUUUCAGUCAGCUACAUCGGAAUGAAGUUCAUGAUGGAAAUCUGGGCUGUCCAAGCUCCGGAACGCAGGGAGCAAGAACGCCGCUCCAGACCUCCGCCGAAUCCUCGGCCUGGCAAUCUACCGCUCCCCGCGACGGCAGCACGCAUAAGAGAUACCGGCGCAACGCCGGUUAUUCUGACGCCCGAUCAAGACCCUCCCGACGAGGAAGAAGAGCCGACCCCGACCCGUGGUGCAACUCCCACCGCCCGGGAAACUCGCAGCGAUGUCGGGGCCAUGUACGCCCGGUUCUACUUCGUGUUGUUCGUCAUGCUCAUUAUCUCCAUCUGGUCGUUCCUGUGGCCGAACCGACUCGGAAAGCUAUACGCGCGGACUCUCGGGUUCAUCUAUGUGUCGUUCUGGGUCCCGCAGAUCUAUCGCAAUGUCAUGCGCAACUGCCGCAAGGCUCUGCGAUGGGACUUCGUGGUGGGCCAGAGUUUUCUUCGACUGUUCCCGUUCCUGUAUUUCUUGACCGUACCCGGGAACGUGCUGUUUGUGCGCUCCGACACAACCUCCGCCCUUGGACUGGCCGGCUGGGUAUGGAUCCAGGUCUGGGUCUUGGCCAGCCAGGACAUCCUGGGCCCGCGCUUCUUUGUUCCUCGGGGCUGGGCGCCCCCGGCCUAUGACUAUCACCCCAUCGUGCGGGACGCGGUUGAUCCUACGGGUGAUCUGGAGUCUGGCGGAGUCUUAUCGAUCGGGGCUCUGCGGGCCGACGAAAGGGACAUCAGCGAGAGCAAGGAUGAUGACAAGCAUCGACAUAAGGACAAGAAAAAGGCCAUCUUUGACUGCGCGAUUUGCAUGCAGGACAUCGAGGUCCCCGUGCUGGCCGGGACCUCGGGCGGCAGCAGUGUGACGGAUGGGGCGACGAGCAUUCUCAGUCGUCGCGCAUACAUGGUGACACCCUGCCGACAUAUCUUCCACAGCACGUGUCUGGAGAGCUGGAUGCGACUCCGUCUGCAGUGUCCGAUCUGUCGAGAGUCAAUUCCUCCUGUAUAGAAUGUUGCUAGUACAUUUGGGCGCAAAGGGUAGACCGUUCGGGAUUGAACUUCUUACCACGUAUGAUUAUAGCACGAUGUACAUGUCACAUUCCACGGUAAAUGGAUAUGAACGGAUAUAUGAGACAAUUCA